AUGUCCUCGGCGUCUCAGCGGCGGCGACGAGAUGAAGACGACUACAUUCCAUUUGGACCCCCAUCACUCCCCAGCACACAGACUCACCUCGACAACAUGUCGUCGGAACUUGGCUGGCCACCGCCGGUGACCAUGUCCGACUCGAGCGACGAGGAAUUUCGAGACCACCGGACGAAUGCGCGACGCAUUUCGCGCCGAAACCCCAUGCCACAUGGCGUUGACGGACUGAUGAACAAUGGCCGAUACUCGCCCGACGUGUACUCGGUCACCUCCGAUCCCCCAAGCCAGACGCCCAUGCUCGAUGCCGGCAUGCAAUCUCAAUACGCCGGCAUACACUCGCAAUACUACGCCGCGAGAACGCCCAACCCGGGGCCACAGAUCAAGCCGCACCUAUCAUCCCUAGAUAUCCCAAGACGCUACGGCAGCAAUGCCAUCCUCGACAUGUAUGCGCUCACCUACGUCACCGACCCUGACCCGAAUCUACUAUGUCCCAUCUGCCAUGACCCCCUCGUCGACCCUGUGACGACUCCGUGCGACCAUACCUUUUGCUAUCGAUGCCUACGCAGAAGCAUGGCGUCGAGCCCCGCGGGCGGUGCCUGUCCAAUCGACAGAGAGGCUCUGCUGUGGACAGAUUGCUCUAGUUCCAUACGACUGAUUCGAACGCAGCUCAAUAACCUGAUCGUUAAAUGCCCUCAUCACGGGAGAGGCUGUGAGGAGGAAAUGAGGAGAGAGGUGGUGGAGCGACACGCAACCAUGGAGUGCAGUUUCCGAGAAUACCCUUGUCCUGAUGCCGAAUGCUCCAAGACAAUCCGCUACAAGGCGACAGACGACAAGUGCCAGCACCAAGAGAACAGCUGCACGUUCUGCGACGCCAUCAUCGAGGACGCUGAUCUUGAUAUUCAUCUGCUACAGUGUCCUAAGAGCAAGACGCGGUGCGCGGGCUGCUGGAUGCUAAUUCUUCGCGAGCAAGAGGACGGCCAUAAAAACCUGGACUGCGAUGCCAUCGAGGUGGGGUGCCGCUUUCAAGCUGCUGGCUGCCCAGUGAGAGUUAUACGGCAACACCAAGAGCUUCAUGCCCUUUCCUGCCCUUUCCAUCCAGAUUCACCAUCCGGCGCCAUCAUUCGCAGCCAACGGGAGCUCAUAGAAACAUAUGGCAGCUUAGGAAGCCAGCUCCGUCAUCUGCGGGCCAAGCAGGAGGAGAUGAACCGACGUCUCGAUCUGGUUGCUGGGCCAAGUACUCGACCGGGCGAUUCAAAAUUCAGAGAUUCCAGGGCGAUGCAAGACCUGGAUGCCGGAUUUGAAGAAGUCCACCAUAACCUGAGCCAUCUCGAAGCUCGGCAGAGCAUGUGGAUGGUCAACCAGAUCAUGCCCGUUCGGGAAGAGGUUGCUGAGCUACGGAACACCAACAAUGUGCUUCGAAUGCAAGUCAACUACCUCCUCAACCGCGCUCGUGAAGAGGGGGGCCACGCACGACCAACAUCAAGUGGAACAACAAGGCCGACAGCUAUUCGGGCACGGCGUCUGGCCAAGCUGGGCAACCCGGUUGUCCCCAAGCCCGCAGAGAGCAAGCCCGCCGAGGCUGGCAGCUCGACAUCAUCACCAGCUCCCGCUCCCGAGGCCGACGACUCGAGCUCGAGCAAGACCAAAAUCACCAUCACACCGGCGGCCCAGCCGGCUUCAAACCCCUUUGCGCAGCUGGGCGUGAGGUCGAGCAGGCCGGCCGAGUCCGUGAGCCCUACACCUACAGGUACUAUCCGUGUUGCUCGCAAGAGGUCCGCCUCUCAAGUUGACGACGUCCUUUCAGCGCCGCCCCCGCGUAAAGCCACGCCCGUCCAGGCCGAAUCAGACGAAGACUAUGCCGACAGAGUGCUCAGCCAGAUCUUCCGCGUCACUGUCGACCCGCACCGGAUGACGAGCAACCAGGGCAACCACCGGCUGACGUUUCUCCCGAAUCUGAAUCAAGAGCUGAAUGAUUCUGGGGAGCCCCUGAAGCUGUCCGUCAACAACCUGGAUCAGGCCAUUAUAGAGGCAUGCAGCGGCUGGGCUCCUGACAAGCCGCUGAUGCAGUAUCUCCUCCCGUGUUGGAAGAGGGCUGUGAAGGCGGCUGCGGGGAACAAGCAAACGAGUGGCUUCAAAUUUGAACUUCACGAGGAGUCGAAGCGCCUUUGCAUGAGCAACUGCCUCUUUGCUGUAACCAUGCCGGUGCUAUAUGGCCGCGAACCAAACCCAGAGCAUGACACUAUUGCUCCCUAUCUCCUCAGGGGUCCCGUGGACGAGGGUGGAAUAUGCUUUGACUUUAUCAAGGAAGCAAUCAAGAGAUUCGACGAUGAUGAAACAUUUCCUGCCAUCUUUAACGAUGCAAUGGUCAAGCUCAGUACACAGCUCGCGGGGUUGUCCAUGGGCGACGAAUACAAACCCUAUGUUCAGGCGCUGCAAACAUACGCACGAUUCCCUGUCCUGGUAUCUAAUCUUGCAAAGCACGCUUGCUUCAAGCUCCCCCUAUCUCCCCACAGUAUCGAGAGAAAUACUAUCCUAGGCCCCUUCUUCCGUCUAUCUCCCUUACAACCAGAAGUGAUCAAGAGCUAUUUCCCUGGAUCACGCACUCUAGACAAGGCGCGAAUUACUAAUGCACAAGACGCUCUGAGAAUGGUGCUGAGAACGCACCAAGAUGACUUAUUCGUUAUUACCAAUGCGUUUGUUCGGGCAGGGCCUGAUACAAGAAACCGUACACUAGACUGGUUUGCAUACAUUUUAAACACAAACCACAAGCGGAGAGCCAUCCAGGUUGAUCCCCGGGAGGUGGCUUCAGAUGGCUUUAUGAUGAACGUGACGACAAUUUUGGACCGAUUCUGCGAGCCCUUCAUGGAGAACGAUUUCAGCAAAAUUGACAAGAUUGACGUACGAUAUUUCAGAAGACAGCCGCGUGUCGACAUCAGCGAUGAGACCAAACUUAACGCUGAUCAAGCUGCCGCCGAUAAAUAUUACGCAGAAAAGGAGGAUGGGGAGUCUAACUUCAUCUCCGAGGCCUUCUUUUUGACAUUGGCUGCUCACCACUACGGCAGCGAGGCACUCAACUCUCAGCUUAAGAACCUGGACCGCGAAAUUAAAUACCUGGAGAAGCACCUUAAAGCUAUGGAGGCAGAGCGCCCCAAGCUGGCGAAUGCUCCCCAUCAGCUGAGGCUGUUUGAGGAAACGCUGAAACGCCACAACAAUGUAUUGGAGAAGACAAUAGCUCUCAAGUACUCGAUUGAGGGUGUUCUUCUUGACGAGAGGAUGCAGAGCACAUCUUUGCGGUUCAUGCGAUAUGUCACUGUAUGGCUGCUACGGAUUGCCACCGGAUCCGACUAUAAGCCUGGAACUGAGACUGAGACCAUCAAAUUGCCCAUCGAGAUAGGACACUCUGACGCUUUUGCAUAUCUCCCCGAGUAUACGCUUCAGAACAUCGUCGACAACUUCAAAUUCGUGUUCCGAUGGCUACCUACCAUUCUCCCUAGUGCAGUGGGCGAAGAAAUGAUUGCCCUGUGCAUCACAUUCCUUCGAUCUUCCGAACAGAUCAAAAACCCCUACCUCAAGUCUUCACUGGUAUCUCUGCUCUUCUCCGGGACCUGGCCGUUUAUGCAUCUCAAGAGAGGUGUUUUAGGUGACCAGCUCAUCUCUAUUAAAUUUGCCAACGACUACCUCUUGCACGCUCUGAUGAAAUUCUACAUUGAGUGCGAGUCCACGGGAGCCAACUCACAGUUCUACGACAAAUUCAAUAUCCGAUACGAAAUCUUCCAGGUCAUCAAAUGUGUGUGGGUCAACGACGUCUACCGACAGCAGCUUAUCAAGGAAAGCAAGGUGAACCGAGGCUUCUUUGUCCAGUUUGUCAACAUGCUUUUGAACGAUACCACAUACGUCCUUGAUGAAGCAUUUACAAAAUUCCCCAAGAUGCGUACUCUUGAGCGCGAGCUCGAGGAUCGCAGCCUCUCUGCAGAGGACAGACAGAAGAAGGAUGAAGAGCUGCAGAACUUGGGAAGUCAAGCAACAUCCUACAUGCAGCUGGCCAACGAAACGCUCGAGAUGAUGAAGCUCUUCACUAAAACGUUAAGCGAAGCUUUUACUAUGCCCGAGAUUGUGUCGCGUCUGGCAAGCAUGUUGAACUACAAUCUUGAGACGCUGGCUGGCAAGCGGGCUGCUGCCGAGCUGAGCGUUUCUAACAGGGAAAAGUAUCACUUCCGGCCCAUCCAGCUGCUCUCCGACUUUGUCGAAAUUUACUUGAACCUUGGUGCAUCCAAGGUCUUUAUCGAGGCCGUCGCUGCGGAUGGCCGUUCAUACAAGGGAGAGGUCCUCGACCGCGUCUCGCGGAUCCUCUCGUCGAAGCACCAGAAGGACCCCGCAGACAUUGCCCGGUGGGACAAGCUCAAGGCCAAGUUUGCAGAGACCAAGGAGAUACAAGACCAGGCCGAGCUCGACUUGGGCGACAUUCCGCCCGAGUUUGAGGACCCCAUCAUGGGAGAGCUGAUGAAGGACCCCGUGCUUCUGCCGAGCAGGCACAUUGUCGACCGGUCCACGAUUGUGCAGCAUUUGCUGAGCGAUCCAAAGGAUCCGUUUACAAGACAGCCCAUGACGAUUGAGGACGCGAUUCCCCAGACGGAGUUGAAGGAGAAGAUUGAGAAGUGGCGGCAGGAGAAGAUUCAGGCGUCCAAGGAUAAGCUUUCCACGACCACGGGGGGUGAUGCUAUGGACACUGCAGAGGGUUGA